AUGGGAUUCAUAGUAGUGUUAUUCUUAGAGUUCAGUGCCGAUAAAGUAGAAGAGGUAAAAUCCAAGUUGUUAGACGCAGCUGCCAUCUAUCGUAAAGACCCAGAAACUCUGGAAUGGAAUGUCCAACAAGAUUUGACUGAUCCAAAGAAGAUCACUCUGGUAGAGAAAUACGAGAGAGAAUCUUCUUUGACCGAGAUUCACCGCAAAAACCCUAUCUACCAAGAAACAAUCGAUCUGAUCACUUCCAACGUCACAAAAGAGAUCGAAAAGCAUUUCAUACAUACAUAG